GCCCAGAACCGUGUAAUUCGAAGAGGGAGAACAAAAGGCAGGAGCGCGUAUAAAAGGGGCUGCGGGACAUCCCCGGCCCCAUGUCUGUGCCAGGCAGCGCCCGGCCCCGGCACGCUCCGGCCCCGGCCCCGGCCCCGGCCCGCCUGCAACCUGCGCUCGUCCCGGCAGCGCCGGGGAUGGCUCGGGCGCCGCUUUCCGCCCUGCUCGCUGCCUUCCUCCUGCCCUGGCUGCUGGGGGGCCAGGCGCUGCCCGCCUCGCGGGGGGCCCGCCGGCACAAAACCCUGGAUGGGGCUCGGAAACACCAUGCCUGGAAGGAGCAGAACCCCUGGAUUUCCUCCUCGGUUAAUACCAUGGAGACUGGAGUCCCCAUUAAGGGCUUCUCCAGGGGCACAGACGGGCCGGCAGCAAGCUGGAACCCACCUCGCUGCGGCGUGCCAGACCUACCCACCCUGCCAGACGGCCAGAAUGGGCGGAACCGGCAGAAGCGGUUCGUCCUGUCGGGAGGACGCUGGGAGAAGACGGACCUCACCUACAAAAUUAUAAGAUUCCCAUGGCAACUUGUGAACACGAAAGUGAGACGGACCAUUGCGGAAGCGUUGCAAGUCUGGAGUGACGUGACACCACUAACCUUCACCGAAGUGCACGAGGGCCGAGCUGACAUCGUUAUUGAUUUCACAAGGUACUGGCAUGGCGAUAACCUGCCCUUUGACGGGCCUGGAGGCAUCCUGGCGCAUGCAUUCUUCCCCAAGACCCACCGCGAGGGAGAUGUCCAUUUUGACUACGACGAGACCUGGACCAUUGGGAACAACUUAGGGACUGACCUACUGCAAGUGGCUGCUCAUGAAUUUGGUCACGUCCUGGGCCUACAGCACACUGCUGUCUCCAAGUCACUGAUGUCUCCCUUCUACAUCUUCCGCUACCCGCUGAGCCUGAGUGAGGAUGACAAACAAGGCAUCCAGUACCUCUAUGGGAAACCAAAGACCGAUCCGGUGCCAGCCCCGACCCAGAAGGCAGAGCCAAACCCGCCAGACAUCGAAACAAAUGAGAUCACCAACGUGGGGUCUGUGCAGCCUGACGCCUGUGACACGGAUUUUGACGCCGUUUCCACCAUCCGGGGGGAGCUGUUCUUUUUCAAGUCACACUACGUGUGGCGGCUCAGGAAUGGGAAGCUGCAGGCUGGCUACCCGGCCUUGGCCUCUCGCCACUGGCAGGGAAUUCCAAGCUCCGUCGACGCGGCCUUUGAGGACUCCCUAGGAAAUAUCUGGUUUUUCCAAGACAAAGCCAAAUAUCAAACUUUCCUCCUUUGGAACAUGAGCACUUUGCUUCCAAGUCUCUGCCUGGAAAUGUGCCUCACUCGCAGAUGAGGAGUGAAGGUAACGCUUACCGCCUAUCCUUUUGGGAUGAAAAUUGGUGAAGAGGAACAGGCCAGCUCUUCUUAAAGUGGCAUUGUCCAGCUGGUAAAUAUUCUCACCUUGGUUACUUAGAGGCAAAAGAGUUUCCCGAAUCUAGUGUAUUGAACAGAAAGAGUUCCAAUUGAUUUUCCCACUAUUUAUGGGUAUUUGUUUAUUUCUGCAUCUCAUUCAGCUUGGACAUUGAAAUCAGAGGCCGGAUUGACUGGUUUUACACUGAUGUAACUCCACUGACUUCCAUGGAGCUAUUCCUGAUUUGCACCUGCCUAAGUGAGAUCAUAUAAAAACCUGAGCUUGGUCAGGAUUACUUUUUAUAGCCAGUGGCCCCAGUUCUCUGCUCUGGCCAAGGAGUGCUUUAAUGUAAGUUCUGAGCAGGGGCAAAGAUGGCUCACACCUGCAGAGACUUCCAUCAUUGUCCCAGCAGUCUGGAGUUCAGUCAGGUGCAGUGACGCCCUGGCAUCCAUCUGGGCACGAUGGGACAAUACUUACUUCAGUGCAAGGACUCAAAAUUGUGCAGUGCAAUCUGUCAAACAAGCACAAACGUUUCAGGAAUCUACACACCUAGGACUAGAUUGCAGCAAGCCUGUAUGUGUGGCUGUGUGGGAAAGGAGAGGAGCAUUCCCCCCCCCUCCCCCUCCCAACCGUGUAAGGGGCAAGCCACAGGUAUGGUCAUUGUGCUUCCAGCACACAAGCGUCUGACAAACACUAAAGGUAGUAAGGCCGUGGCCCUACCACCCACCUUCUGCACCAGCCAUCAGAGGAAAGAUGGCGCAAGAAGGGAGUGCAUGGUGCACUUUCAAAGUUCUCACUCUAGCUGGAAUCCCUGGAGUCCCUGCAGCCAUGGCAGAACAUCUGCACACCUUAUUCCCUCUUACAAUGGGGACUGUGGUUGCAAGAGCUGGCCCAGAGAUUAAACAAAGCCCUGGCAUUCCUAGUGCCGCUGCCUGGAGCCAGAUAUGCAUUCUCUGGUAAAUGCGGUGACUUUAAAAAACAGUGUAGACACCAAAUUUGUUCCUGUGGAUCUCUGGAACCCAAGAAUAAUAGUUUACCCUGUUUCACCCAGAUAAGCACUCACCGUUUUCUUUAACUCUCUUUCCAAGUCUAAAUUACGUAGAGAAAAUCCAGAAGCUGGUAGGAUACUGCUGCCCAGUUUUGUGUGUGUGUGUGUGGUCUCUGCAUCAUUACUCAGUAUAUCACACAGACCAUAUCAAAUGGCUCAGCAUCCAGAAUUAUCCUACAUCCUGCUAAAACUGGCAGGAUUUUAACUAGAGCAGUGCUAUGGAGUGUUGCAUAAAGAAACCAUUAAAUGUCUAGGAGUAGUCAUGAAGAUUGCAAUUUUAAUCUAAACUCAAAACAUUAUUUUGGUCUUUAUUUUAUUUUGACCAUUUCUUGCUCGUUUAUGCAGAUCCCCCAUUUAAACACACAGGCACACUUACAGAUGUCAAGUACCAGAGGGGUAGCCAUGUUAGUUACAUACGUACUGAUGUAUCAUUAAUCAUGUUUAUUACAAUAGUGCCUAAGGGCCAGCCAAGAACGGGGCCCAGUUGUGCGAGGCACUGAACACACACAGCGUAGAAGGUGGUUCUUGCACUGAACAGCUUGCAGUUGGUCCUCCUUUCCUCCACCACAGCCUGAACACCAUCACCUAGACAAUCUCUCUUAGCAGUAGUUACAGCCAGAACGGGGUACAUUGUUUUGUGUUUCCACAACGCAGGCAGUGCCAGGGAGCUAGAGUUUUUCAGUGAGUGACACGGAAAUAGAGUGAGGCUUUUAAAAGAAAGCAGUACUUUCUGCUGAAGGAUUCCCAGCUACAUCCAGUAGUUAAAUAAACAAAUUAAAAGAACCCUCUCAAGGACUCGUCAUAAUUUUAAAUGUCAUUUCCAUUUUCCACACUUUACAAUACUGCAAUAAGUACAAACAUAAAAUGGUUUUUCCCCACUGAUUUGGUCUUUUUCCAAUUAGCAAAAAUAAAAUUUUUUUUGGCCUUCCUGUGUUUCUCUUUCUAGCGAAGUUUGACGUUAACAGGGCUGCUUUGUUUGCUUGUUUAGGCACCAACAUCACUGAUGCCCCCACGUGGACAGCUCACUGCGGCGGGAGUGUGACGCACCCGUUCGUUAUAUGUGGUCCCACAGAAAUGGAUGUUUAAUUUCAGUCAUUACAAUGCUGUUUGGUGUAGAUCUACAUUUCCAAAUAAUGUGCAUGCAGCUGCAAAUUAGUCUGUGCAGUUACAGCAGUUGCAUAUUCAGUUAUCAUAAUGGAUCGUGCAAAUGACCAGUUACACGCCUGUCAUUUGUAUGUGCCAAACCAGUAGCUGGUGUGCACAAUGUAGGUGCAUAAUUGCACAGACAUUUUUGCACAUGCAGUUGCAUAUCUAGUUUUCUCUCUAUUUAAGGCUUUGACUUCAAGAGCAUGUCACUCACACCUCAGUAUGCACAGACUCUCCAUGCACUAAGACCUUACCCCUCACUUAAUUCUCUCCCCCACAUCAAAAGUGGCCCAUUUUUCUUCUUCCCUCUCCCCACAUGGUAGCCUCAGGCUCUUGGGCAGGGAGAAUAAAAGAGACGCAAGGUGUGGAUGAGAUGGGGAUUAUGCUUGCCAAUGUUGCUUCACGGAUUUCCACACACCCCCUCCCCGCAUGUUGUCUUCCUUUAGAUUAAAAACGAAACAGACUCAUAGAUGUCAUGGUGGUAAAAGGGUUCGAACCUCCCUCAGCGCAUUCAGAGCAAAAUUCAAACCCCAUUCUUUUGUAUCAGCCUACCCACAAUAACUACUUUAAAAAACUAACCCGCUCUCGGCUGUAUAUGUACACGUCCCCAUUAUUGGAGGCACUCCCACACUAGUGAUGGGCACCAUGUAACAAGCUAGACAGACUGCCUGACUGCCCUAGAAGAUGAAGCCAUCUAUUCAUUCAAGGAACAGAUACAGCAAAGGCAGACUUUCUCCCUGGCGUCAGCCUUGCUUAGAGGUGAGAUGAGAGUUUGUUCUCCCCUGUCCAUUUGAUGCAUGGCGUCUCAAUGGUCAUCAGCAAGGGUGCCAGGUGUGCUAGUGGUUUUUUUUGUCAUGGACACCUGUCUAUUGGGACUGGGCUGAGAUUUCAGGUCAUUUCACACAGGUCGCCAUACGGUCAUUAGACAGUAAACAGCUUGUGGUCACUCCUGCCAUUCUAUAUUCUUUUGCCCCAUCAUCAGGCUCUCAGUACUGGAUUUAUGAUGGCGAGAGACGUGUGUCUGGCCCUGCUUCUAUCUCGGAGCUGGGCCUAUCUGCUUCUCCUGUCCAGGCAGCUUUGAUGUGGGGGACAGAGACGAACAAGAUUUACUUCUUCAAGGGAG